AUGCCAGCUCCAUACAGCACAAACACCACCACGACGGAACUGGUCACCGACUACAGAAGCCUGAUAAAAGGCAAGGUAGUCCUAACAACAGGUGUAACCCCAGGCUCACUUGGCGGUACCUUUGUCCAAUCGAUUGCAAAAGCUAACCCCGCCUGUCUGAUCCUCGCCGGUCGAGAUCUCUCCAAACUAGACCAAUUUGGUAAAGAACUCAAAGCUGAAAUUCCAGACUUGCAAAUCAUCACGGUACAGAUCAACUUGGGCUCUUUGGCCAGUGUUCGCAAUGCUGCAGCAAAUAUCAAUACAAAUACGGACAUCCCAGUAAUUGAUGUUCUGGUAAACAAUGCCGGCAUCAUGGCUGUGGAUUAUGCUCUCUCGGAGGACGGGAUCGAGUCGCAGCUGGCGACGAAUCAUCUUGGUCCAUUCUUACUUACCAACUUGGUAAUGGGCAAGAUCCUAAAGUCUGAGAGUCCUAGAAUUGUGAUGGUUACCAGUGAUGGGCAUCGGUUAAGUCCUAUUCGAUUUGACGAUUAUAAUUUUGACGGAGGCAACACUUACAACAAAUGGGUCGCCUACGGUCAGUCCAAGACUGCCAAUAUGCUCAUGGCACUUUCGCUUGCAUCCAAGCUUGGUACCAAAUAUGGCUUGCUGGCAUUUAGCCUACAUCCAGGAGUCAUUUUCACCGGUUUAGGCAGCCACUUGGACUGGAACGGAGAUGUGGGAUUGCAAUCUGUCGAUAGACAGCUUGGCAACCGCGAAGGAUGGAGUGAAUUCAAUUUUAAGUCAUUAGAGCGCGGUGCAGCCACUCACGUCUACGCAGCGUUUGAUCCUGCUUUGAAUUCUAGCAACGGUUCUUAUCUUAUCGACUCGCAUGUUGCGGAUCCGUUGGUUGAUACUGUGAAGUCGUGGGCUAUAAGCAGUUUUGAGGCGGAAAGGUUGUGGAAGAUGAGCGAAGAGUUGGUGGACCAAGAGUUCACCUAUUAG